GCGAGCCGUCCAAGAAGUGGGAGGAAAACAAGAGGGAGAAAGACACUCUCGCGCAUACACACAGCCAUUAAGCAGGCAGGUCCAAGCAGGGAAAGAUGAUGAAAAGAUUGCCGAGACAGGGCCUUGGCGAUCUCCACGGUUGAGGAGGCGCUCCGACCGUCGCGCAACUUUGGGGUCGCUGGGGAGCGCAGCACCGAAGCGAGGAUUGCCCGGCAGGGACGCUGCCAUGGACGGGGUUGUCGUGGUGUAAGAAGGAGCCGGCGUCUUCUCGCUGUCGUCCCAUCUUCGCUUUUUUCCCGCGUUGCCUCCGUUGCCCGGACCGGCCCGAGCAGGAAUGCCCAGGGUCGCGCCUGAUCCAGCCGCCGAAGCGACCUGCGCCUCCCGCCGCCCAAGCGGUGGCCUUCGCUAAAGGCGACCGCGCUGCUCAGAGAGCGCUGCCGUUCUUCCUUCGCCCUCCCGAGCUGCACAAAAGAGUUCAGGGGACUUUUGUUAUCCCCCCACCCCCCACGUCUCACGCUGAGGUGGUCGACAUGUCCCGCGGGAGGGGGAUCCUGCCAUACCCCGCCGCUGCCUAUUUUUGCAUCUUUUCCUCCUUUAUCCACAGCGUUAGCGGUGUCAAUAUUUGCACAAGUGGCAGUGCCACCUCCUGUGAAGAAUGCUUGCUUGUUCAUCCCAAGUGUGCUUGGUGCUUUAAAGAGGAAUUUGGCAGCAAAAAGUCCAUCACUUCAAGAUGUGACUUCACUGAAAAUCUAAUCAGCAAUGGUUGUGCAGGGCACAUUGAGAGUACAAAAAGCAGCAUUGAUAUAGUGAAGAACCUUCCUUUGAGCAGCAUGGGCUCUAGUGGGGCCAAUUCAGAUGUCACCCAAAUAAUGCCUCAGAAGGUCUUGCUGAAUCUGCGGCCUGGUGACCCAACUUCUUUCCAUGUGCAGGUUCGACAGAUAGAAGACUACCCUGUGGACCUCUAUUAUUUGAUGGAUCUUUCCCUUUCCAUGAAGGAUGAUCUGGACACCAUCCGGAACCUAGGCACCAAGCUGGCUGAAGAGAUGGGAAAGCUGACUAGUAAUUUUCGCCUUGGGUUUGGCUCUUUUGUGGACAAGAACAUUUCUCCCUUUUCCUACACAGCACCCAGAUAUCAGACCAAUCCUUGUACUGGUUACAAACUAUUUCCAAGCUGUGCUCCAUCUUUUGGAUUUCGUCAUCUUUUGUCCCUCACAGACCAAGCUGACAGGUUCAACGAAGAAGUUCAGAAACAGAAGGUUUCGCGCAACAGAGACGCCCCAGAAGGCGGCUUUGAUGCGAUUUUGCAGGCAGCUGUGUGUGAGAAGGAGAUUGGAUGGCGGAAGGAGGCUUCUCACUUGUUGGUCUUCACUACAGAUGAUGUCCCACAUGUUGCACUGGAUGGGAAGCUGGUUGGACUGGUGCAGCCACAUGAUGGGCAGUGUCACCUGAACGAGGCCAAUGAAUAUACUGCAUCCAGUCAGCUGGACUAUCCUUCCCUUGCACUUCUCGGGGAGAAACUAGCCGAGAACAAUAUUCACCUCAUUUUUGCAGUGACAAAAAGUCACUAUGUUCUUUACAAGAACCUCACAGCCCUUAUCCCUGGAACAACGGUAGAGAUUUUAUACCAAGACUCCAGAAAUAUUAUUCAGCUCAUAGUCAAGGCCUACAAUAGUAUUCGGUCUAAAGUAGAGUUAACAGUCUGGGAUAAUCCUGAGGAUGUCAAUCUGGCUUUCACAGCCACGUGUCAAGAUGGUUCCUCAUAUCCUGGAGUCAGGAAGUGUGAGGAACUUCAGAUAGGAGACACAGUUUCCUUUGAGAUAUCAGUAGAAGCUCGGACUUGCCCUGCUGAGAACACAUCACAUACAUUCACUAUCAAGCCAGACUGGUUUCGGGACACUCUAGAAGUGACUGUCACCUACAACUGCACAUGUGGAUGUACCAAGCAAACAGAGCACAGCAGCAGCAAGUGUAGUGGAAAUGGCACACACGUAUGUGGAUUAUGUGACUGUGAUCCAGGCCACGUGGGAGCCAAGUGUGAAUGUGAGGAGGGGGACAGUGGGAACAUGUACCAGAAUAUGUGCCGUGAAGCUGAAGGGAAGCGUGUCUGCAGUGGCCGAGGGGAGUGCUCCUGUAAUCGCUGUGUCUGCUAUGAGAGUGAAUUUGGGAAGAUCUAUGGGAUUUUCUGUGAGUGUGAUGACUUCUCCUGCCCGAGAUACAAGGGUGUUCUCUGCUCAGAUCAUGGAGAAUGCGACUGUGGGGAGUGCAAGUGCCAUCGUGGUUACGUCGGGGACAACUGCAACUGUUCAACAGAGCAGGACCGGUGUUUCUCCAACGAUGGCCAGCUCUGCAGUGGCAGGGGCACCUGUAUCUGUGGGAAGUGCCAGUGCACAGAACCUGGAGCCUUUGGGGAGACUUGUGAGAAAUGCCCCACCUGCCCGGGUGUAUGCAGCACUAAAAGGGACUGUAUUGAGUGUACGCUGUUCAACUCAGGAAGGCUGGCAGAUAACCAAACCUGCCAAAAACAAUGCAGGGAUGAGAUCAUUAUGCGAGUGGAUGUUCUCCAAACCGAUGACCCCCAUUCAGUCUUGUGUGCUUACCCAGUGAAGGACUGUGUGAUGAAGUUCACCUACUCAGAACUCACCAGCGGGAAGACCAAUAUCACCGUACUCAAGGAACCAGAGUGCAGCACUGCCCCUGAUGCUGUGAAGAUCUUACUGGCAGUGGUGGGCAGCAUUGUGCUCUUAGGAAUUAUCAUCUUAGCUGUCUGGAAGCUGUUGGUAACUAUUCACGACAGGCGGGAAUUUGCUCGAUUCCAAAGUGAGCGGUCCCGGGCGAGAUAUGAAAUGGCUUCCAAUCCUCUUUACCGCAAGCCCAUUUCUACACAUAGCUUAGAUUUCACACUCAACAAGCUCAACAGGACCUAUAAUGGUACAGUCGAUUGACCGAAUGCUCAAGACAGGAAGAAGGAAUGCUGUGCUUGAUCAUUGCUUGGCUUUCUCAGCAUUUCCCAGACAGAAGGCAGACUCCUUCACAGGGGGACAAUACCUUAAAAUGAGACUUGAACAUCCAGAGAGGGCUUCUAUUUUGCACGUCAAGGACCAAUGGGCAGUGGCCCAUGUGCUCUUCAGAUUUCUAACCCAAAGCUACCCCAGUGUACUCAGAACCCAUUCUCACUGACCUGGAACUGUUUUGAUGCCUUGGAAGUGCCAGCAGAUUGAACAACGUGCCAUAUAGCAGCUUCACCAGUAUUGUAGUAGGCUAUGAUUUGCAGACCCAGUUCAUAGGGGCACUGUGCCACUGACAGUUUUUAGUGGAAAAGACUAGUGUUGGAGAAGGUGGUGGAUGCAUUAAAAAAGGUUGAGGUGUUUAUACAGUCUUCAGAACAAAUUUUUAUAAAAAAAAAUAAAGUAAUUGCAUUUA